UUGCAUGUAAUCGUUUAAAGAUGACCUGAUGUUGGAAUGAUUUCCUGACCGGAUACUGAUUAAUAAGCACACUUGAAAUGUUAAAAAGCACAAAGUUAAUCUGCGGUCUGAUAUGGAUUUCGGAAGAUGUAACAGCUCCUUGAGCAGUAGGAUUGUAUGUUGCUCUAACUUUUAUUUGGAGGGAGGUGUUUGUAAACCGUGUCCAGGCGGGACGUACGGGGUGAACUGUUCCCAGCGCUGUCCCACUGGUUUGUAUGGUGAACGCUGCGGUUACUUCUGUAAGUGUCCACCAGAACAAUGCAUUGCUGCUACUGGGUGCAUCACAACAUCGCCGGCAGCAUCUUCUCAAAUGACAACAGAAACAACCAUGACGGUAUACGCACAUGAAACAUCUACAGGAAGCAGUCUGAAAACAACUGAUUUACUUGAUUCAACAGUGAGGAAUGGUAUUUUUUCUAUGCAAGAGGAGACCGAGCCUUUCCCAUAUAAAAUGAUUAUGGUAGGAAUGGGUGCUGUUAUACUCUGUUUUUUAGUUUUCUCAUUGAUUCAAAUAUGCUCCAAAGUGCGGUCCAAACGCAAACGUAAGAGAGUCACACCAUCUGAAGAGAGUGGCACUUAUCAUGAAAUCCCAGCAGCAGGUGAAAUAGCACCACUGGAGAUCGCAAGACAUUACAAUGAAAUAACAGAGCACAGUGACGGCGGAUACAAAGAAAUCCAACAACAAAAGAGACAGCAGGAAAUGCAGCAAGUUGGACUCUAUCGGGAGCUGAUAUCUGACGAUAUCAAACUGGAAAACAUUGAUACACUACAUGAAACUAUUUCCCAAAAUAUGUACCUAACAGUCGACAACGCAACAAGAGACGAGGAAAACGCAAGUUCUGAUGACGAAAAUAGAGAAUCGUACCUAGAACCUUCCUCCAAAAAAGAAAAACACCUUUACACCGACAUUUUGGAAUCUUCAUAUGACGUCACUUCCGAUACGGGUACUGGAGGAGAUGGCAUUCUGUCGUGUUCAGAUGAUGGACGAGAUGAUAGCGUGUCAACAGAUUCAGCAGGCAGAAGUGGAUCAGUGCAACAAAAUGACAUUUACUUGGACGUCAUUUGAUUCUACGUGGUUUGAUCGUUUUGUAGAAAAAUAAAUGUGUAAAUUAUAAAGAAA